AGGGGUGGAGAGAGGACAGGAGCGCGCGUGUCUCUGUACUACUGCAGACAGAGUUGCAGAUAACUGGGCGAGUGAACAGCAAAGAGGAACGGGGAACCUCACACAGCCACCAUGCAUUUUAACCUGUUCAAAAAAGCUGAGGCUCCACUGCCUGAAACACAUACAAUGAUGACUAGUACAGAGCCAUCGGUUGUAUCACAGGAUAACUCUACAGCUGUGGCUGGGUCUGGCGACAAGAGUGCAGAUACCUUCAGAAAGAUCCAGCAGGAGCUAAUGAAUCAGAUCAACAAGAUCCCACUGCCACCCUGGGCCCUCAUAGCAAUAGCAGUUGUGGCUGGACUGCUAAUCAUUACUUGCUGCUUCUGUAUUUGUAAGAAAUGUUGCUGCAAGAAGAAGAAAGGAAAGAAGGAGAAAGGAAAAGGAAAAGGAAAGGGAAUGAAAAAUGCACUCAAUAUGAAGAAUAUGAAAGGAUCUGGGGGGCAGAAUGUGAAGGAUGAUGAUGAUGAUGAUGAUGAUGAUGAUGCAGAGACUGGGUUAACUGAAGGAGAAGAUAAAGAGGAAGAGGAGAAGGAAGAGGAGAAGCUUGGAAAGUUACAAUUCUCCUUGGACUAUGACUUUCAAAAUAACCAGAUGCAAGUGGGUAUCAUCCAGGCAACUGAACUUCCAGCAUUAGACAUGGGGGGAACAUCUGAUCCUUAUGUGAAGGUUUUCUUUUUACCAGACAAGAAAAAGAAGUAUGAGACCAAAGUGCAUCGCAAGACACUCAAUCCAAUUUUCAAUGAGACAUUUACAUUCAAGAUUCCAUACCAGGAGCUAGGGGGGAAGACUUUGUGUAUGUCCAUCUAUGAUUUUGAUCGAUUUUCCAAGCAUGAUAUCAUAGGAGAAGUAAAGGUUGCUAUGAACACUGUAGACCUAGGUCAGCCAAUUGAAGAAUGGAGAGAUUUACAGAGUGCAGAGAAAGAGGAGCCUGAGAAGUUGGGGGAUAUCUGCAUCUCUCUGCGUUAUGUACCCACUGCUGGGAAGCUAACCGUCUGCAUACUUGAAGCAAAAAAUUUAAAAAAGAUGGAUGUAGGAGGGUUGUCAGACCCUUAUGUAAAGAUUUAUUUGAUGCAAAAUGGAAAAAGACUAAAAAAGAAGAAGACAACAGUGAAGAAUAAGACUUUAAAUCCAUACUUCAAUGAGUCAUUCAGCUUUGAGAUACCUUUUGAGCAGAUACAGAAAGUACAAGUUGUAAUCACUGUUUUGGAUUAUGACAAACUGGGUAAAAAUGAAGCAAUUGGUAAAAUCUUUGUUGGAUGCAAUGCCAGUGGAACUGAACUCCGACACUGGUCUGACAUGCUGGCAAAUCCACGACGCCCAAUUGCCCAGUGGCACCCUCUCAAACCUGAGGAGGAAGUGAACAUUGCAUUGGGGUCCAAGAAAUAAGAAAUUCUUAAACAAACACACACCUCCCUGCAGAUUAAGGAUUUAAUAGCAUCUUCUACCCACCCUGCUUUUCCCACUACACUGCAAUCAAGAUGUAUUGAGGACAAAAAGAGCAGCAUUGAAUUGGGCCUUUUUUUUGCUUGCUUAGAAGUGUUUUGGACUGCAAGAGGCAGUAAUGCAUUUAUGGUUAUGAUUUAUUAGUUUGGAGCAUUUUCUUAAGGUAACAAAGUCCCUGAACAUAAUCAAAGACUGUUGGUGGUGAGAAGGUUCUACAAAAUCUUGUAACCUGAAAAACUCACAAGAAACAUAUUAAUUCUAGAAUAGAGAAAAUAUUUAUUUUGGGACCUAAAUUAAAGAUAAAAAUUGGGCUGCUUCCAAAGAAAACUGACAUAUUACUUAUAAGCCAGAUAUUAUUGGGAAAAUCUCUUGUAGAAGAAACUGCUGGAAGAGUACACCUGAUUUGAAAACUAUUUCUGCAUGUAAAUAUUUGUUUUUCAUCAUGCAAUAAUAUAAAUCUAGAUUUUCAUACAAGCAUAUUUUAUUUGGAAGACAUUAUUCUAGAAAUGUUUUAAAGCAUCUUUAGUUGUUUAUCUAGUUCUUUGUAACAGAAGUUUUGAAAUCCAUUGGAAGGUGUAUCCAGAAUUUUAUGAAAUGUAUGAGCAAAUGGUUGCAGCAGAUUUCUGGGAAAGGCAAAUAUCAGGCGACAGGGAUCAUUGUCUUGUCACACAAACCUGAUGAAUGACCUUUAUUAUGUAGAUUGCUUCAUAAGGGACAACGAUCCAUAUUUCUUGCAACUAGAAAACCUCUUUAAAGGAGAAGGAAAGGCUGAGUUUACUUUGGGGUGCCAAAAGUUAGGCAUCCCAAGUGAUUGUAUAUA